GUUCAUCCAGGGCUCGGCUUCACGGGACCCCUACGUGUUCUACCACUGGCGGUACAUCGACAUCUUUGUCUACUUCAGCCACCACUCCGUGACCAUCCCCCCCGUCACCUGGACCAACGCCGCCCACAGGAACGGCGUCUCUGUGCUGGGGACGUUCAUCACGGAGCAGACGAGCGGGGGCCAGCUGUGUGAGGCCUUCCUCGCCGGGGAGGCAGCCGCGUACCACGCCGUGGCUGUGCAGCUGGGCCGCAUUGCCCAUUUCUACCGCUUUGACGGCUGGCUGGUCAACAUCGAGAACACCCUGAGCAAGGCAGCCGCACGGAACCUGCCCCUCUUCCUGCGGGACCUGCGGGAGCAGCUGCAUCGGGAUGUGCCCGGCGGGCUGGUGCUCUGGUACGACAGCGUCUUGCCGAGCGGGGAACUGAAGUGGCAGAACGAGCUGAAUGAGAAGAACAGGGUGUUUUUUGACGCCUGCGAUGGCUUGUUCACGAACUACAACUGGAAGGAGGAGCACCUGGAGCGCAUGGGGGCGCAGGCCGGGGAGCGCCUGGCUGACGUCUACGUGGGCAUCGACGUCUUUGCUCGCGGGGAGGUCGUAGGCGGCGGCUUUGAGACAGACAAGGCUCUGCGCCUGAUUCGCAAGCACGGCUUUUCCGCUGCCAUCUUCGCCCCCGGCUGGGUCUAUGAGCACCUGGGGAAGGAGAACUUCCUGCAGAACGAGAACAGGUUCUGGGGUUUGCUGGCGGAGCUGCUGCCCACUCACAGCAUCAGCACUCUGCCCUUCAGCACCUGCUUCUGCCUGGGCCUGGGCACGGGGAGAUUCUCGGCGGGGCAGGAGGAAGAAGUCGGGCCCUGGUACAACCUGAGCGCCCAGGAGAUCCAGCCCCUCUUCACACAGCAGCAAGCGCCGGGAGGGGCAGGCAACUGGCUGCGCACGCGCUGCUCCCUGCAGGACGCCUGGAACGGGGGCAGCUGCCUGCUGAUCGAGGGGAUCAUCCCGCCUGAGGCGGGCCACGUGGCUGUCCGCCUUUUCUCUUUCCAGCUGCCAGCUCCCCCCAAGCUCUUCCUGUCCCUGCUGUACAAACUGGAGGAGAAGCUGCCCGAGGUGGCGGUCGCGCUGGAACUCACCACAUGGGACUCUGGCUCCUGCCGUGUUGGCCACAAAGCUGCCCUGCCGGGGCCGGCCACUCGACAUCAGCCCCAGCCCCUCCCCACCCCGCCCCCCCAGCUCUCCGGGCUGCUCAGCGGCUGUGGACGGCAGAGCGCGGCAGGUUGGAUGAGGCGGUGCUACGAACUGGAGCUGCGGGACUGCACCCUACAUGAGCUGUCGCUGAUCCUGUCGCGCCACCAGCCAGGCCAGCAAGAACGGCGCUUCUCCUGCCGCCUUGGGGAGAUCCGGGUGCUGGAUGCUGACAGCCUGCGCUCCUCGCUGUCCCAAGGGCCCAGCCUCCAGGCCUCCCAGCUGCUGUGGCACAAGGGCCCUGGCCCGGACCAGCUCUCCCUCAGCCUCACCUUGCGCUGGUCCUACCCCCACAGCCAAGCCCGCUGCUUCCGGAUCCACUGCCAGGGCCGGGCAGGCCCUCGGGGCCGGGAGCUGCCCCAGCUCCUCGGGGUGGCACACGCCACCCUCUACCGGGUGGUGGGCUUGGCAGUGCCAAAGGCGCCCCCCAUGGAGUCCUGCCGCGUGGAGUUCUUCGUGGAGCCGGUGCUGAACGAAGGGGUUGCCGUGGAUCGGUCCAGGUGGGGGCGGCUGGUUCUGGUCUAUUCCGACCCAGCCAGCACCAGCACCUAUUAAAUGUCGCCUUUGGCACAGU